UUGUUAGGUUCAAGCGGAAGGCUCAAAUCUAAAAUACAGCACGGUAUUAGAUCCUGCCGACCGUGGCUUCUUGUUAUUUAAAUGCCCACUCUGCAAUUAAAAACUUUACAAACAUUUACAAUGUGGGUUUAAAUAUUGUGGUGAUGACACGUCUACUGGUCAUUCAUAUUGGCUCGAAACAUAAGGGUCUGGCCGGGAUUUAAUCGAAGGAUGUGCUAGUCUUUGAUGAACAAAUCGCACAGGGCAUAGGAGGCAUUACAAGAAAGAAGCCGAUUUCUUCAGGGAAUUUGACAUUAUUCAGUAUUCAUUUGUAGUAUGGGCUCAAUUUCUGCCCCUCCCAACAUCCCGGCUCCAAUGUUUCAAGAUAUCCUGAGUGCUAGAAGAAGGUCUAAUGACUUUAGGUGGGCGUCGAGACCGUACAACCCCUCCACAUAUUUUGUUCGUGGAAGAGCAAAGGAACCAAAGGAAUUGGUGGCGAGUGUAUUGCAAUGCGCCAGGGUUCAAGCAGUUGUAAGAGAGAUCGCAGUAAAGGAAGGACGUGACUCAAGGGAUGUUGCAAAACAAGCGGAACAGAUCUUGGCUGAAAUGGCGCAUGAUUAUCAUCUCUACACGGUUCGGUGGUUCGGCUACGUACUCUCUAAAUUAGCUAAAAACCACUUUUCCAGCAUUUUUGUGAAUGUUCAAAAACUACAACAAAUCAAGGACUGCUUUCAACGAUAUCCCGUCAUCUUGCUCCCAACCCAUCGAAGUUACGUCGACUUUCUUCUCCUUUCUUAUGUUUGCUUCACUUUUGACCUUCCCCUUCCAAUCAUUGCUGCAGGCAUGGAUUUUAUGGGAAUGAUGGGAAUAGCAGAAUUGCUCCGAAAAGCGGGGGCUUUCUUCAUCCGUCGUCGAUUCGGGGCUGAUUCAUUGUAUUGGGCACUGAUCUCUGAAUAUGUUAAACGAGCCGUGUUAUCCGGUUGUCAUCCCAUGGAAAUGUUUGUAGAAGGGACACGAAGUCGAUCAGGCAAAUCCCUUUAUCCAAAGAUAGGACUUCUGACCUCCAUUGCCGAGUUGGUCAGAGAUCGAGAAAUUCCUGACGUUCUUAUCCUUCCAAUUAGUAUGAGCUAUGACCGGACGUUGGAAGAAACUUUGUAUGCCAGAGAAUUACUGGGACAGCCGAAACCAAAGGAAUCAACAAAUGGUCUUAUUAAAGGGCUUCGUUGGUUACAAUCUCAGUCGUAUGGAUCGAUGUACGUAAAUUUUGGAGAAUUUAUCUCUGUCCGUGAGACGUUGGGAGAAUGCUUAGCCUCUCCAUAUGUGGAUGACGCUAUAUUUACGAAAAGAAUACAAAAAUUGGGAUUGAAUGUUGUGAUUGAACAGCAAAAAAACUUGGUCACCCCACUUUUUUCUGUCGUAGCCACAAUUGUCCUAGCUAAGAUGUCUGAGGGUGAAAGAUCUAUAGGAUUUCCAAAAUUGAUGAAUCAAAUCCACGGCUUCAGAGCACUAAUCACACCGAAUGGCUCUGACUUCGGACUUCCACUUACUGGAGAAACUUUAGAGUGGAAUGUUAGGCACAUUUUAACUAUUCAUUCUGAUCUUGUUGUUUGCCCAAAAAAUGAAGAGCAUAUUGUCCAUUUUCAAAUGGGCGAAGAUGAAACUGUAGACGGGAUGAAGUUUCAACACUACGCGAAUCAAUUCGUCCCACUUAUUGUGCCGAAUGCUCUCUUAUCCGUGCUCACUAACUCUGCCACUAUAUCAGAUAAUGCUCAACGCAGUACGUCUGAAGAGAGCAUUCUUAAAGAUUAUGCAUUUUUGAGGGAGCUCUUAUUCGAUGACUUUAUAUAUGAUAGAGGAAAUGAAAUGCUGGAAGCCUCAAAAGCGUCCUCAAUUUUCAACGUAUACUUGAACAAAGGCCGAUCAAAUGGUCACACAAGCAGGUGGACGACGGAGACGGAAGAAAUGAGUAAGAUUCUUAGAUUAUCUAUAGAACCUUUUCUCAUUGCAUAUUGGGGUGUGGCCAAAACACUUGCCCAGUUAUCGAUCCAAGAAGACCAAACUGAAUCACAAAUAGUUGAAGUAAAACUUUUAGGAAAGAUGUCACAAAGCUACAUUCGCCAGUUAUUGGGAUCCCAUUUUCCUAAUCACUACGGUGCCCUGUCCCUCGAUACUUUGAACAAUGCUUCAAUGGCUUUUAUCAAACUUGGUGUCGUAACAAAAAUUAAACUAGACUCUGGAAACUCGUUUGGCAUGGUUGUGAAGGAUAGCCAGCGAUUCGCUCAGCUUAUUAUCCUGAUUGAGAACUACCUCCCACUCAGAUCACGUUCAAAACUCAACGCAGUGUCAUCGUCAUCUGUCCAAGACUUUCAAGAUUUGAGUCAACUGCUCCAAUUGAAGGCCAAGCUUUAAUACUUUGCCAUGAAACGUCGUUUUAGUUGCAAAGAGGAUGUGUAGAUAUUAUAGAGCUUGACCUUAAAUAUUUAGUUCUUACGUAUAUGGCAUUUAGAUAAAUAGUUAUAGAUAGACUCAAUUUUCUCACAAGUAUUUCUUGUUAUCCAAAGUAUUUUGUGUACUGUACACGUAUUUUUGUUGAUUGUGAUUUUUAUCGUAGGAAGUGGGAAUUAUCAAGAGAUGCUCAGCUCAGUUAUUCUAGUAAGUAUUAGUGAUACUGAUAAAGUAACUUAUUUAUUGUCAUUGUUGGGUGCACAAAAUAUAGUAAAGUGAGUUUUCUAGUUGAUUGUUCCAAACUUUUUUUUUCUUUUUAUCCGUAUUCCCCUAGUCUGCAACUACAACGAGUUUAUUAGAUGUACAUUAUUGAUGGAAAUCCAAAAAGGUUUUAACUUAUGUAUUGGUACUUAAUUUUGUGAUGCUAUUUUAGAAGUUGCUCAUUAUUGUAGUCCCGUUUAUUGUGUACAGGUGAUUUUUGUCACUUUAUGAAUUUGUUGAUAAAAGCAAUAAAUAUGAAGUACGUGAUUUAA